UUUUGUAGUUUUUUUUAUAACUAAAAAUUUAGAUUAGGAGAGACACACUCCGACGUAAGUUCAACGAAAACUAAUAACUUCAUUGAAUAUUUAAAUGUAAUCUACAAAUUGUAGAAUUUCGAACUUGAACUUAAGUCACAACAGGUUUCAUUCUUGUAGUUUUUUCUAUUGUUUCCCUUUAUGUUAUAGAGUUUGAGCACCAAAAAGAAGCUUAAAAGAAGAUGGAGAAUCCUUUAUGUUAUGAUUUCAUGCUUUUGAAAGAUCCUUCCUCAUGUAUUAACCAUUUGUUGGUUAUUUUCUUUGAUUUGUUCAUGCUGAUGAUGCUGUCAUUCAUCAUGUUCCUGAAGUUUUCCUCAAGACCCUUUUGGAGUCUAGUAAAACAUUCAAACUUGCAGCUAGUUUCUGCCAUAACCAAUGGCUCUCUUGGUUUGUUGCAUUUAUGCUUUGGAAUUUUGGUUUUAGAGGAAAAGUUAAGAAAAACACACAAUGUAUUUCCUCUUAACUUUUGGUUGCUAGAACUCAUUCAUGGAUUCACAUGGUUGUUUGUAAGUUUAACUAUAAGUCUUCAGAUAAAACAACUCCCAAGAUCAUGGUUGUGGCUUUUUUCUAUUCUAAUAUUCUUUGUUUCAUUUAUAUUAUGUUCUUUUUCCAUCUCUUAUGCAAUUGGAAGUAGAGAACUAUCUCUCAAGGAAGCUUUAGAUGUUCUGUCGAUUCUAGGCGCAUCGAUACUUCUUGUAUGCACUUACAAAGAAUGUAAAUGUGAAGAUGAAGUUGAAAGAGACACUAGUGAAAGGCUUUAUACUCCCUUAAAUAGCCAACUCAAUGAUGUUGUACCUAUUAGCCAUGUAACUCCAUUUGCUAAAGUUGGAUUAUUUAGUAAGAUAUCUUUUUGGUGGUUGAAUCCAUUGAUGAAAAGAGGUCAAGAGAAAACACUUGAAGAUGAAGAUAUCCCAAAGUUAAGAGAGUCUGACCGUGCUGAAAGAUGUUAUUCGUUAUUCGAAGAACAGUUAAACAAAAGAAGAGAAAAUGAAUCGUCAUCCCAUUCAUCGAUUUUAUCGACAAUAGUCUUGUGCCACAAGAGAGAGAUUUUGGUAACUGGAUUCUUUGCUUUGAUUAAGGUACUCAGUCUAUCUUGUGGUCCUCUACUUCUGAAUGCCUUUAUAUUGGUUGCUGAGGGUAAUGAAAGUUUCAAAUAUGAAGGUUAUAUAUUGGCUAUAUCACUAUUCUUUAUAAAAAUCAUAGAAUCCCUAUCACAAAGACAAUGGUAUUUCCAAAGUAGACUUAUUGGGAUGAAAGUUAGAUCAGUACUUACUGCAGCCAUUUAUAAAAAAAUACUAAGGCUAUCCAAUUCUUCUAGAUUGAUUCACUCAAGUGGUGAGAUUACGAAUUAUAUGACUGUAGAUUCUUAUAGAAUUGGAGAAUUUCCAUUUUGGUUUCACCAAAUAUGGACAACAAUCCUUCAACUUUGUAUUGCAUUAGUAAUUCUGUUUCGCACAAUUGGACUAGCGACACUGGCAUCGUUGGCAGUGAUAGUUAUCACUGUGCUUUGCAACGCUCCAUUAGCUAACUUGCAACACAAGUUUCAAAGUAAACUUAUGGUGGCGCAAGACGAGCGAUUAAAGGCUAGUUCAGAGGCUCUGGUGAAUAUGAAAGUGUUGAAGCUAUAUGCAUGGGAAAGACAUUUUAAAAAUGCUAUAGAAAAGUUAAGAAAUGCAGAACUUAAACUGAUAUAUGCAGUGAAUUUAAGAAGAGCAUACCUUGUUUGUCUCUUUUGGACUGCGCCGAUAUUGGUGUCAGCCGCUUCUUUUCUAGCAUGUUACUUCCUAAAAGUUCCUUUGCAUGCAAGUAAUGUUUUCACAUUUGUGGCAACUUUACGCCUCGUUCAAGAGCCUAUUACAAGCAUCUCUGAUGUUAUAACGGUCGUAAUUCAAGCAAAAGUUGCAUUUGGUCGGAUUGGUAAUUUUCUCGAGGCACCAGAACUGCAAAGUGUAAAUUUGAAGAACAUGUGCUUUAAUGAGAGCUUCAAAGGCUCAAUUUUAAUAAAAUCUGCUGAAUUUUCAUGGGAAAGUAAUGUAUCAAAGCCAACACUAAGAAACAUAAAUUUAAAAGUUGGAAAUGGACAAAAGGUGGCUAUUUGUGGAGAAGUUGGCUCAGGCAAAUCAACUCUCUUAGCAACAAUUCUUGGAGAAGUUUUUAAAACAAAAGGAACUAUUGAUGUUCAUGGGAAGUUAGCAUAUGUUUCUCAAACAGCAUGGAUACAAACAGGCACAAUACAGAAAAACAUUUUAUUUGGAUCUGAAUUGGAUGAUCAAAGAUAUCAAGAAACACUUCAAAGGUCUUCACUGGUAAAGGAUCUUGAGUUGCUUCCUUAUGGAGACCUCACUGAAAUAGGUGAGAGAGGAGUUAAUUUAAGUGGAGGUCAAAAGCAGCGAAUUCAACUCGCUCGUGCUCUUUAUCAGAAUGCUGAUAUAUAUCUAUUGGAUGAUCCUUUUAGUGCUGUUGAUGCACAUACUGCAAAGAGUUUAUUUAAUGAUUAUAUCAUGGAAGGACUCAAAGGGAAAACAAUCUUACUCGUAACGCAUCAAGUUGAUUUCCUCCCAGCAUUUGAUACUAUUUUGUUGAUGUCUAAUGGAGCAAUCCUACAAGCUGGUCCAUAUCACCAGCUAUUGACCUCAAGCAAAGAAUUCCAUGACCUUGUCAAUGCUCACAAGGAAACUGCUGGUUCUAACCAGCUUGAUAAUGUUACUUUUUCUCAGAAAUAUUCAACUACUAGAAAAAUUACACAAGCUUUUGAGGAAAAUCAUAUUAAAGAAGCAAAUGGAAAUCAAUUAAUUAAGCAAGAAGAAAGAGAGAAAGGAGACACAGGAUUGAAGCCUUACUUACAAUACAUGAAUCAAAUGAAAGGCUACAUUUUCUUCACUGUGGCUUCACUUUGUCACCUUGUUUUUGUGAUUUGUCAGAUAUUACAAAACUCAUGGAUGGCUGCAAAUGUUGACAAUCCUCUCGUCGACAAGUUGAAAUUGCUUUUAGUUUAUUUCCUGAUCGGAGUUUGUUCCACAGUUUUCUUGCUCACAAGAUGUCUACUUGUAGUUGCUUUGGGUCUUCAAUCAUCAAAAUGUUUAUUUUCACAGUUGAUGAACUCUCUCUUUCGCGCGCCCAUGUCGUUUUAUGACUCUACGCCAUUGGGAAGGAUACUUAGUAGGGUCUCUUCUGAUCUUAGUAUUAUGGAUGUUGACAUUCCAUAUAGCAUUGCAUUUGCUGUGGGAGGCACAAUAAAUUUUUACUCUAGUCUUACAGUUUUGGCAGUUGUUACAUGGCAAGUCUUGAUUGUGGCUAUACCAAUGGUGUACGUCGCGAUUUGCAUGCAGAGAUACUACUUUGCCACAGCAAAAGAAGUGAUGAGAAUGAGUGGCACAACAAAAUCCCAUUUAGCAAAUCAUGUAGCUGAAACUGUUGCUGGAACUAUGACAAUAAGAGCUUUUGAGGAGGAAGAUAGAUUUUUUGAGAAAAAUCUAGAUCUAAUUGAUAUUAAUGCUAGUGCAUCAUUCCACAAUUUUGCCUCAAAUGAGUGGUUGAUCCAAAGGUUAGAAACAAUAACUGCAGUUGUUCUUUCUUCUGCAGCACUUUGCAUGGUUAUGCUUCCAUCAGGGACUUUCACCUCUGGAGUUAUUGGUAUGGCUCUAUCUUAUGGCCUUACAUUAAAUGCUUCUUUAGUAUUGUCAAUUCAAAGUCAAUGCAAUCUUGCAAAUCAUAUAAUAUCAGUAGAAAGGCUAAAUCAAUAUAUGCAUAUACAAAGUGAGGCACAAGAAAUAAUAGAAGGAAAUCGACCUCCUUUGGAUUGGCCACUUGCUGGAGAAGUACAAAUAAAUGACUUGAAGAUAAAAUACAGAGCAGAUGGAGCAGUUGUACUCAAUGGGAUCACAUGCACAUUUAAAGGAGGACACAAGAUUGGUAUUGUUGGAAGAACAGGAAGUGGUAAAUCUACUCUUAUAAGUGCUUUAUUUCGUCUUGUGGAACCAACUGGAGGAAAAGUUGUAGUUGACGGCAUAGAUAUCUCAUCUAUUGGCCUUCAUGAUUUGAGGUCACGUUUUGGGAUUAUACCUCAGGAUCCUACCCUUUUUAAUGGGACAGUUAGAUAUAACUUGGAUCCUUUAUUUCAAUACUCUCAUCAAAAUAUAUGGGAGGUUCUUGGGAAGUGUCAAUUGCGAGAAGUUGUCAAAGAGAAAGAAAAUGGCUUAAACUCCUCAGUUGUUGAAGAUGGAUCAAAUUGGAGCAUGGGACAAAGACAAUUAUUUUGUUUGGGACGUGCUCUUUUAAGGAGAAGCAAAAUAUUAGUGUUGGAUGAAGCAACUGCAUCAAUUGAUAAUUCAACUGAUUUAAUUUUGCAGAAAAUAAUUAGAACUGAGUUUGCAGAUUGUACAGUGAUCACAGUAGCACACAGGAUACCAACUGUGAUGGAUUGCACUAUGGUUCUUUCAAUCAGUGAUGGUAAAUUGGUGGAGUAUGAUGAGCCAAUGAACUUGAUGAAGAGAGAAGAAUCCUUGUUUAGGAAGCUUGUUAAGGAAUAUUGGUCUCAUACUCAUACAUAGACACAAUAUUGACACUAAUAUUGAACCUGAUAUGUAGACAUUGUUAACAAUUUGAAAAAAGAGAAGCGAUGAUAUUUAAUUAUAUGUGUCAAUGUCAUGUUAGACACCAACAUAAAGACUUGAUCAUUUCAUUUGGAAUGGAAGCAACACAUGACAAGAUAGUAAGACUUGAUCAUUAGUUUGACUGAAUCAA